ACUCCAGUCCAGGGUAUAUAAGUAUGUAUGACAAGAAGACGAUACUUUUCAACCAGCGUAGACCUGCACACAGACACGUACAGAAGCAACCAGCAGUCCAAACGCUAAAUCCAGGUUUUUAUCCAAACUUUUUUUCUACUUAGAGUAGACCGGAGACAAAAUAAGAGCUUGAUGGGAAUCGGCAAGAAACAGAGCACCCGACUGCACAUACAGUAGUUAUUUCUGUCGCUGUGAUUAGUCGCUGGAACAUAUCUCCGCUUGUGUGACGCCUGACCUUUGACCCCUGAAGUCCAGCAUUGAGAAGCGGCUUGAUGGUACAAACUUAACAGACAGACCUGAGAAUCAGGAUGUUUGAGAUGCCUACUUUCCCCCGAAUGACCUUCCUGUUGCUUUGCAUUCUGGGUAUGACCUUGGUGACAUCUGGCUUCCCGCAGUCUCGACUACGUCUCAGAAGUCCUGAUGAUUCAGAGGAACCUACACCAGAUGACUGGGAUGUCCUGUUCCCCUCCAUCUCGCUCCGUGAUUGGAGCGUUCAAAUGAUGUCAUCGCCCAGCCUCGGAGCAGCAGCCAACAGCAAGGCAGGACUGAUGAGGGGGGCGUGGCUGUUUGCCCCCGAGAGGCCAGAGGCCAGCGUGGAGAGGGCGUGGCCUGCCGAGUGGUCGCCUCAGGGAGCCGGCAUGGUGAAGAGGAACAUGGUGGUGGCUGAUGACUCUGCCUUCAGAGAGAAGAGUAAACUCCUCACCUCCAUGGAGAGACAGAAGUGGCUCAACUCCUACAUGCAGAAACUACUCGUGGUUAAUUCGUAAUAAUUUAUUCUUUUUAAAGCCCUUUAUUCAAAUCAAACCACCUCUGCACCCUGACCUAGCAGAAAAUGUUUUUUAAGUUAUACCCUAAGUCUUAUUAUUGCUCAGUCAUUGACUUAUGAGACAAGAUUAUACUGUAGACAUCAAAGGACAUUAGUGCUCAUCUCUAGCAUGUUAAUACUCAUAUUCCUGUUUUGCAGAACUUUCACAAUUUUAUGGUGCUGGAAAAAAUAUUUGGUGUUAUACUAUGUAAUAAAAUGUUUUCAAUGACCGUAGCUUGUGUUUGACUUAACCCUCCUGUUGUCCUCGGGUCAAAUUAACUGUUAUAUCAGUGUUCUUUUUAAUUCCCCAAAACAACAGGAUUGAUUCCACACAACACUCUUUGGCAAGUACAAAUCUCUUUCAUUAAUUUUGGGGGCGUCUUAUUCAAUUUUAUAGCAUUUGGAAAAACAAAUUGAAGUGGUUUUGAAACAGUAUUGAGUAAAAGUUGACUUCUUCCUGUCUGUGAUUAUCCAAGGUACUUUCCUUUUAGUUUUGGUCAAAUAAUUCCUGAUUUCUGCUUUUCUAACUCAAACAUUAGGUAUAAUUUCCUAUAAAAAAAUAGGUUUAUUGGCCAUAAAUUCCACAAAUAACUGUAAAACUAAAGUUAAGUUAGUGUUACGUAGUGUUAAAAGUCAAAAGUGACAAACAUUGAAAAAGAAAAAGUUAACAUCAAUAAAAAGUGUCAACUAAAGUGUUGACGGGAGGAUAACAAUGACUGCUGGAUUUAAAAGUAUCGCUAUUCUGAACAAAUUCUUUACACACUCAAAGUCCAGUCAAAAGGAGGAUGUCAGUGUUGGUAUUUGGUUAUGUAAAUGGAUGGAAAGGUCAAUUGACACAUUUUAGAGCAAAGUUUAGCUUUUAAAGAAACGUACAAAACGUUAAAUUAUAACCGAUUGGAAGAUUUGACGCUUGUUUUCUUUCUUUCUGAGCGUGAGAUGACAAGGUUGCUGUAUGGAUUAAACGAGAUCCAUGUUACUACGUGAGAUUUUGUGUAGGUUUUGUUCACUUUGGAGCAAACCCCACUAGCUGUUUCCCCUGAUUUCAGUCUUUAUGCUAAGCUAGGCUAACCAUGUCCCGACACCCACUUCAUCCUUGAUGCACAAAUGUAUUUCCCAAAAUGUACAAUCCAGUUCUCAAAACACUCAUAUUAUGAGGACACGGGAACUCAAUUCCUUAUCUUAUCAACCUACACUGGUUUUGACUGCUUUUAACUUCAGUUGAAUUCAUUGCAAGUUAUUUUGUGAAUGGGAUAAAUGUCUAAAAUGUGCUUUUAAAUUUGCAUGUAAACAUUGACAGCUCGCAUUAGGAAUUACAUAUCUGCAUCAUGUUGUUUUUUUUCUGAUG